AUGGCAGAAGUGAUUCUGGUCCCCGUCGCAAAGCAAAUCCUCGGAAAGCUAGCUAACUUGGCUUGGGACCAGGUCGCACUAGUAUGGUCUCUCCGAAACGAGCUGGAGAAACUCAAGGGCACCGUCUCCACCAUCCAGGCCGUGCUCCGUGAUGCUGAGGAGAAGCAGGGCCACAAUCAUCAAAUCACAGUGUGGCUCGAGAAGCUCUCCGAUGUGAUGUACGAUGCUGAUGACUUGCUCGAUGAUUUCUCCACCGAGACUCGUCGGCAGAAGGCAGCAGGAGCAGACUCGACGACGGCUUCUUGUUGCAGUGUGGUAUGUUUCCUAGUCUCUUUUCCGAAACGAUUCUUGUAUGAACAUGGGAUGGCUCGCGCCAUCAGGGCGAUUCGAGAGAAGCUCGAUGAUGUGAAGAAUGACAGGGAGUUCCACUUGGACGAGCUUGCUGAGAGAGAGCAAGCUCUCCCUUUGGAGACGGAUCCAUGUCCGCCGAAUAUUGUUGUCGGGAGAGAAGCUGACCGAGAAGAAAUCGUUCGACUUCUAGUGCACUCUGAUUGUGAAUCUAAUGUUUCUGUGGUCACAAUUGUUGGGAUGGGUGGACUUGGAAAGACGACUCUUGCUCAGCUUGUGUUCGAACACGAGGCAGUUAAGGCGCGCUUCGAUUUGACUGUUUGGGUUUACGUCUCGCAGAGCUUUGAUGUCAAAGCCCUUCUUGUAAAAAUGUUGCAAUCCAUGACUGGUGAGAGCCAAGCAGGUCUUCAGUUGGCUGUUCUGCAGGAGAAGCUUUGGGACAAGAUAAGAGACAAAAGGUUUCUUGCUGUAUUUGAUGAUGUCUGGGAGGAGAGUGCUAGAAGUUGGGAGGACUUGGCAAAAUACCUUAUGGUUGGUGCCGCGGGUAGCAAGGUAUUGGUGACCACUCGAUCCACCAAAGUGGCCGAGCUUGGUGGUGAAAUCUUGAAGUCGGAAACGAGUAGCAAAGUUGUGAUGCCCUAUUUCUUGGAAGGCUUGUCGGAGGACGAGUCUUGGGAUUUGCUGGUGAGAAAGGCUCUUCAUGGAGAAGCUCAACAGUGCCUGGAUGUGGAAAGAACUGGAAGAGAGAUACUGAAGAAAUGUUGUGGAGUUCCUCUUGCUGUUAGUACGAUAGCUGGUGUGUUGAGUUCGAGAGAUCCGAAAUCUGAGUGGUCGUUGUUGCUACGUGAUGAGCUCUCAAGCAUCUCUGGAGAAGAAAAUCAUAUAAUGUCAACCCUUCGUUUAAGUUUCAAUCAUCUUCCUUCGAAGCUGAAGCAUUGCUUUUCUUAUUGCAAGCUGUUUGGAAAGGGUGAUGAUCUUGAUGUUCCAAGGAUGGUACAACUCUGGAUGGCACAAGGGUACGUCGAGUCGGACGAUGAAGGGUUGGGUUGUUUGAAGACGCUAGUCUGUAGGUCAUUUUUCCAGGAAGUAAAGGUAGACGAGUUGGGGAAUUUAUGGACAUGCAAGAUGCACGAUUUGAUGCACGAUUUAGCUAGUUCCAUUGCUGGGGAAAGGAUCGAAAUACUCGAAAUGUCGAGUAUUCUACAAAGCAUUUCUUCAAGAACUCGUCAUGUGGUGUUGUUUGGAUUCUCUAAUUAUGACGGAGACGACGAUGGUGAUUAUGGAUUGUUAGGGGAUGUGAGCAAGGUACGGACACUGAUGGGUUACAGCAGUUAUUCAAAAAGAGAUCGUGGACGAGCCCUCCACAACUUCAAGCGUGUACGAGCUUUAAGAAUGUUGAUUAAAGAUUCGGAUAGUUGUGAAAUACUGCGUGCUCUUGGCGAGUUGAAGCAUUUGAGAUUUCUUGCUCUGGGGUGGCGGGGACUGGAAAGAGUUCCGAAUACGAUCACCAAGUUGCUCAAUCUGCAAGUGCUUGAUCUCCGUGCUUGCCGCUACAUAGAGGAGCUACCAAAGGAUGUUAGAAAGCUAGUCGAUCUUAAGCAUAUCUACCUGCACGAGUAUGUGGAAUUUGCACAUAUGCCAAAAGGGAUUGGGGAGUUAACAUCCCUACAGACCUUACCUAUUUUUGUAGUGGGACAUAAAGGAGAUGAUGAGACCGCAAAUGGAGCAGCCGGGUUGGAAGAGCUGCGAGAGUUGAAUUCUUUGGGUGGAGAGUUGAAGAUUGCAAACUUGGGGCACGCCGAGCCUGUGACUGUGAGUGGUUAUGUCUUAAAGAACAAGUUGCGGCUUCAGUCCUUGGUUUUAAAAUGGGGAUACCCCGAUUACGACGAUGCUACUCGCUCUGCCAAUGAUGAAGAGAUGCUCGAAAUGCUCCGCCCUCAUCCCGAUCUUAAGAAACUGGAGAUUCACGCAUAUCAAGGUGUGAAUCUCCCCAACUGGUUGUCUACAAUGACCAAUCUCGUGGACUUUAAACUAAUCAACUGCGUAGAAUGCGAGUACCUUCCGCCAUUGCAUCUAUGCCCAUCUCUGAAGAAGCUCCACAUCAGCUGCUGCACAAAGCUUUUGGGCAUUAGAGACGACUAUUUUUAUUUUAGUGAUGAUGAUGCUGGCAACGACGAUUUCCCCUGUUUUCCUGCUCUUUCCAGCUUGAAAAUCACUUUUUGCGACAUGCUGAAGCGGAUGCCUCUCUUCCCAACUGUUGACGCCCAGUUGGAGUUGGACGAAUGCUGGGCAUACCCACUGCUUUGUACAAUGAUGAUGAAAUCGUCUAACCUUAGUAGCCCGCCUCUCUCCCAGUUGUCGAGUUUGCUACUUGUGGAUCUUGAUGACCUGGAGUAUCUGCCGGAGGAAGGUGUCUGCAACCUAACUUCGCUUCAGAAGCUGGUUAUCAGGCGUUGUCCAAGAUUAGCCACUCUGCCUCCUGCUAUGCGACGCCUAACUUGUCUGCAGAUACUGAUUAUUAAAGGGUGUCCCUUGUUGAAAGAAAGGUGCAGAGAAGGAGAAGGUGAGGACUGGCCCAACAUUUCCCACAUCCCAUCAGUAGAGCUCAGCGACUAA